CAAAUCUUCGGUCACAUGAUACGGUCAGGAGCAGCAGUUGAGGGAAGGAAAGAGUCGGUGCUUCCUUUUCAAUUAAGCACCGGUGUUGUCCAAAACCGUCCUCCCUGCUUCCACACGGCCGGCAGGCUGAGGAGGAUGACUGGUAAAACUCAGACCAGCAACGUGACCAACAAGACUGACCCGCGCUCCCUCAAUUCCAGAGUCUUCAUUGGCAACCUCAACACAGCGGUGGUCAAGAAGACGGACAUUGAGGUCAUCUUUGCCAAAUAUGGCAAGAUCAUCGGCUGCUCAGCGCACAAGGGCUACGCUUUCGUUCAGUAUGUCAGUGAGAGAAAUGCCCGCCUCGCAGUCGCUGGGGAGAAUGCCAGGAUCAUCGCUGGCCAACCUCUGGACAUUAACAUGGCCGGGGAGCCCAGACCUUAUAGGGCCAAGAUAGGGUCCAAACGACCACUACCCUCUUUAUACAGUGGAUAUGAGUUUGACUACGACUACUACUCCGAUGACUUCUACAACAGAUUAUUUGACUUCCACAGGCGGCUGGCUCACCACCCUCGGGCUGUGAUCCCUGUCAAGCGCACUCGUUUGGUGCCCCCCUCUGUGCGGCGGGUGAAAACAUCUAUCCCCUCCAGGACUUCCUCCUCCUCUUCUACCUCUUCCUCCAUCUCUUCUUCUGUCAAACAGCUAAGCUGUGGUUCCACAGACACGGGCCCCAGGCUGAAGAAAGAUCAGCUCCUGACCAUCAAGCGGGAGCUCUCUCAGAUCAAGACCAAGAUUGACUCUUUACUGGGCCGGCUGGAGAAGAUGGAGAGACAGCACUGCGUGGAUGCAGAGUCUCAGAGGAAGCGUGAUGAUACCCAUCAGUCCCUCCAUGACCGGCAUAUUUCAGACUCGGCAGAACAUUCAGGAGACGACGUGGAGCUGGGGCAUCUGGAGGGAGAGACGGAGGAGAUGGCUGAUGUUUGCAGGGGGGAUUAUGACGAUGAAGGCAGCAGUGAUAUGGUGGAGAACCAUAUAUCGGACAUAGACAAUUGAAAGAGAUCAUUGAAGAUAAUGAAGGCAUUUAGGGGAAAAGGUUGUCAGUAAGUCUGCAUGCAUGAGUGGACCAUGACGGGAGUGUGGAGAAUAAAGGAAGGAUUUAGGAGAAAUUAUCUUUCUUUUUUUUCCACCCAGCCAGACAUUCCAAAGUGGGAUGCUAUUGUACAAGGGUGAAUCCUAUACUAAACCCACUGAGAGCAGAUGGUGUGUUUAUUUUUAAUUUGUCUUAUGUGACUGUGUGCUCAGCUACUAUUAUAGUUUUGCUUAUCCCAUGUAAAAUGGAUAUGUUUUUAUUCUGUAUUUUUGAUGUCCAGAAAGAGGACAAACGUGCUCACAAAUGUUUGUUUUGUUUCUGCUCUUGUGUCUUUUUUUCUAUUGUAAGAUUUUCAAGAGGAAAUAUUAUAUGUGUUUCGUAAUAAUCUGUUACUAUUAAUGAUUAAAAAGUUAAACUUCA